AUGGACUGUCCUUCCGACGACCAGGUUGACGUCGCAUUGCUCCCUCCCCCUGGAGGAGCGGUCCCCCAAAACGACGACCAAGAUGAUUCGUCUGAUGGGGACGACCAAGACGACUCGUUCGCCUCUUCCGACGACGGCCAAGCCGACUCGUCCGAAGACAGCAAUGCUGCUGAUGACAGUGAAGACGAUGAAGACAGUGAGGAUGAUGAUGAAGCUGAAAGUGGCGAUGAUGACGACAAAGAUGAUGAUGACGCAGAGGAGCAGAACGAAAAUGAGACUGCGCUUUUAGUGACGGAUCUGGAGGACGCAGCGGCACACAACCCAAACGAGUCAACACAGCUACUGCAGGCCCCAUUGACAUCGUUGCGCAACGAUAAGGAUACCGACAAAAACAACACCAAAGCUACCGUCACAGCGCGCAUGCAACGUGCAAUCAACCGCGCCGCGGCCAUAGAGCGCAUGAACAAUCGUUUUAAUCAAACGGGGCGGUACGUAGAAGCCCUCGAGGAGUUCCCCCUACCCCCUGAAGAAAUAGGAGCGCAAGACCCUGAAGAAGCAGGAGCAACUGAAGUUGAACCAAGUGCAGAAACAGGAGCGCAACUAGAAGUUGAGCCAAGCAAAGAAACAGGAGCGCGACACCUGGAAGAAGAGGUAACCUUCGAUCCUCCAGAACAGCAACCCCUGUUCCAUGAUGACAUGGAGGAACAAAUAGAAAAUGACAGUCUUGACAAUAGCGAUUCAUCAUCUAUAGUAUAUGAGCGCGGUGACGUGGCAUUAGCACACAUGGCCAAAGAACGACAGUUGUUGUGCAGUGUCCCUCGACGAAUCGGACGCUUUGCGCUAGCAAAAUUCCUAGAGAAUGCGUAUCGCGACGACAGGAAGUACUGGUGGCGUUACGUGCCGGAGAAACUACAAAACACCGCAGACGUGCAUCGUUGUAUGCACCUAUUGUUAGGCAACCAGACAUUUAACGUGCUCCUAAAUCAAAUGACUGCAAAAUCAGGAAUAAAGAAGCAUGGUGAGCUGGCAAUUGCUGCGCUAGUCAAAGAGCUUUCGCACAAUCUUCAUAUAAAGGACGUCAUUGAAGGAAAAAUGUUUAACGAGCUGACACAAGAACAGAGAGCGAAGGCCCUACGAGCAAUAGCCCUAACUAAAGAAAAACGUGACGGUCAACUAAAGGGUAGAGUAGUUGCAGACGGUCGCCCCCAGAGGGAAUGGACGGAUCCUGACUCCGUGUAUUCUCCAACUGUCUCCUGUGAAGGAAUGAUACUGUCGCUUGGCAUCGAUGCACAUGAGAAACGUUUUGUGAGCGUUUGCGACAUCGACGGUGCGUACUUACACGCAUUCAUGGACAAGUUUGUACUUAUGGUUUUCGAAGGGGACCUAGCAGACAUGCUUGUGAGGGCAUGUCCAAUGUACGCGAAAUAUCUCCAUGUGACCAAAACCGGCAAGAAACUCCUAUACGUACGCUUGAAACGUGCACUGUACGGGUGCAUUAAAUCUGCCAUGUUAUGGUGGCUCAUGUUGUCGGAGUUUCUCAUUGAAGAUGGAUUCGAACUGAACCCGUACGAUUCGUGUGUGGCGAACAAGACGCUCUCCUGCGGAACCCAAAUCGCUAUUUGCUGGUACGUGGACGACUUAAAGAUUUUGUCGAAGAAUGAACAAGCGGUGCACGACAUAAUUAAAAAACUAGAAGAUCGUUUCGGAGCAAUGCGUAAGAGUUUUGGAAAGAAACACACUUAUUUAGGAAUGGAAGUGGAAUUCUGCGAUGAUGGUUCCGUGCGACUCAGUGUCCCGGACCACAUCAAAGAAUGCAUCAAAGAUUUCGGCGAAGACUUAGGGCGCUCCGCGGCAAACCCCGCAAGCAAGAAGGUAUUUCACGUGGACCCCGAUGCAGAAAGGCUGCCUGAGCCCAAACGGAAGCUUUUGCAUUCCCUCGUACAGAAACUACUUUGGGUCACAAAGCGAUGCAGACCAGAUAUCAUGGUCCCAAUAGCAUUUCUGACAGGACGGGUACAAAAGGCCUCUGUAGAAGAUUGGGGGAAACUCCGAAGGGUUCUCUCGUAUUUGGACAGUACAAUAGACAUGCCUCUAACAAUCAAGAUCGAUGAUUUAACGAUAGUGAAGACAUGGGUCGACGUGGCCUUCGCGGUACACGAAGAUUUCAAGUCCCACACGGGAAACAUGAUUUCCAUGGGCAAAGGCGCCUUAUAUGCACGUUCCAUGAAACAGAAGCUUAAUACAACGAGUACAACGGAGUCGGAAACUGUUGGCGCCAGUGACUGUCUCGGACAAACUAUCUGGACUAUGAACUUCCUGGAACACCAGGGCAUACGUACGCGCAGGAGGUAUUAUUAUCAAGAUGAUGAAAGCGCGAUGCGUUUGGAAAAGAAUGGUAGACAGUCCGCGAGUAAAAGGUCACGACACAUAGAUAUCAGAUUCUUCUUUAUUAAGGAUCGCAUUAAAAGAGGCGACAUCCACCUGCUCUAUUGUCCCACAGAAGACAUGCUGGCAGAUUUUUUUUCCAAGCCACAACAAGGCAGCUUGUACAAGCGCUUCCGCGACAUGGUAAUGGGCAUCACUCCAGUACCGCCCGUGGAAGAUCCCUCCUUUACUUGCCCGACAUCUCAGGAGCGAGUUGGAAGUAGUAUUUUUGGAGCUGGCGGACGACGUACGGACGGCGAGAUUAUGACCAAAAUGGCCAGACCAACGGUGACAUGGGCAGAUCGCGUUCGCGGCUUCGCUGGUGGGAUUGCCAGACCAGAGUCGCUCGGUCCCGCGCAUAAAAAUAAAAAAACUAGUAAAUAG